AUGAGUGAAAUUAUUAGUGAAUUUAGUGGAAAACCGAAUGUUGAAGAUUUAUGUUUGAAAAGAGCACGUUUAAAUAAAAGAAAAAUUCAAAAACAAAAUUCAAAGAAUCAAAUAAUAUUCCGAAUAAAAAAAUGUAAAGAAUCUAUAAAUUCGAAAAAUAUUUUAAAUGAAACAAAAAAAUUAUUUGAAAUGAAAUCGGCAAUUUCUGGUAUUGAAUAUAGAAAAAGGAAUAAUUUACUAAAACAAAAGAUUCAUCGAAGAAGAAUAUAUAGUGAAAAAAUGGAAUUUCUGGAAAAUGAAAUACGUGAAAUAAAUAAUAAUAUAACAAAUUGUGAUAACUAUAUAGAACAAAACAGCCUGGAAGAAAUGGAACUUGAAGACAUGUAUAUCAAAAAUAUUCAGAGACGUUUAAUAAAGAAAAUUGAGAAAGAAAAAAAAACCAGAGAAAAAUUAAAACGUGAAUUAAAACAUAAUGAUCAAAAGAAACCCAAUCAUUCUGAAAGUUUUCAAAAUAAAGAAGAUGUAAUCAAAAUUCCUGAAACUCCUAAAAGUAUCACAGUUGAACAAGCUAAACAAAUACAAAAUAUACAAGGGGAAAAACAAAAACAAUUCCUUCCUAUUACUACUGCAUUACAAAAAGUUGAACAAGCUGUUAAUAACACAGAUACUGAUAUAAAAAAAAUAAUUCCAAAUAUUCCAGCUUUAACUUUACCAGAAAUUAAAGAAUCUAAAGAUAUGGAGACUCAAACACAUGCUAUGAUAAGUCUAGGUCCAAUUUCCUCACAUUAUUUAAAGAUGGUACCUACAAAAAGAGAUAUAAAAAAUAUUUCAGAUCGGUAUGGUAUUUACAACGAUGCAACUAAAAAUGCAUAUAUGAUUGGGAAUAUAGAAGUGUUCUUCAAAGAUAAUGAUAUCAUUGUAGGUGAGACAAAGUAUACUGGUACAACAGGUUUGUGGGAAUUACUAACAUCUGCCGACGCCCCAAAUCAAAAAUUGUAUACUAAAGACGACUACAAUAACUAUAAAAGAAUUUUGUUUGAUACUAAUUGUUUAUAUCAAAAUUAUGACAAAUCCACAGGAAAAGUUCGUUCAAAUACAGGUAAUAAAUAUCAAAACUUAAUCAAAUUUAUAUGGGCUGAAUUAAAAUCUAAUUUACCAAUAACACCUUUUAAAAAUAGAUCUUUAUCUUGGGAUUAUACUGAGGAUUUGGGUGAAACCCCUAAAACUAAAAGAGGCUCUGGAAUAAAGGAAUAUACAGAAAAUCAAAUAGAAUAUAAAUAUAUAGACAAUCUCAAUGAACUACUUAAAAGAUUAUAUUUUAUUGCAUCUGAAGAAAGAGCUGGCAAUAAUAAUUUUCACAAUGAAAAAUUAGGAGUUGUGCAUUUAAUUGCUAGACAAAUGGAAAAUAUUAUUGAUACUCCUAAAGGUAUUGAAUAUUUAAUUUCUUAUGUAUCUAGUUUACCUAAGAAAAUAAUUAAAGGAUCAGGAUUAUUAAAUGAUUUUAUAAAUAAUUUACCAUUUGAACUCCAUUGGCCAGGUAAAAACUAUCUAGGUCCUGGUACAAAAUUGAAUGAAAGGUUAGCAAGAGGUGACAAACCUGUUGAUAAGUUAGAUGAAGCAGCAAUGGAGCAUGACAUAUUUUACAGAGAUCAUAAAAAUGUUAAGGAAAGACAUCAAGCUGAUGAGAUUCUUGAAAAUAAAGCUUGGGAACGAGUUUUAUAUCCAAAUUCUACGUUAAAUGAAAAGAUACCUGCUUGGUUGAAUUUAAAUGAUAAUCAAUUAAAGAAAGUCUCUUCAGCAUAUAAAAAGAAAGUUGGAGUUACUAUUCAAUUAAAGAAUGAACAAAUUGGCAAUGGAAAUAAUAAAUUCAUUUUAAAGCAACGUCAAAUUAAUAAAUUAAAUAAGGCUAAAAAUAAUGGUACAGGAAUUAGAUUAGAACUUAAAUAUGAUCAAAUAAAAUCAGGUGGUUUUUUACCGUUGCUAUUAGCAGGUAUUGGUGCUCUAGGAUCAUUAAUCGGAGCAGGAAGUGCUAUAGCUAAUACCGUUAUCAAUAAGAAAGCUAAAGAUAAAGAGUUAGAGGAACAGCAAAGACAUAAUAAAACUAUAGAAGGAAAAGGUUGUUUUAUGAAAAAUGAAUUACCAUUAGAACCAAAUAAAAAUGAAUGUGGAAUAUUAAACUUAAAUAAUUCUAAUCAAAAUGGAUCUCAUUGGGUUGCUUGGUUUAAAAAAGACGAUUUCAAGUUUUAUUUCGAUUCUUUUGGAGAUGUUUAUCCACCGAUUGAGUUAGUAAAUUACUUUGGAAAGGAUAAUCUUUAUUAUAAUGAUGAUAGAUAUCAAAAUUUUAAUGAUCCGCCCAUAUAUGCUUUAAAGUCAAAUCAAAAUGUAUUUAUUCCCAAUGAAGAUAACAUUAAUAAGGCUUCGGACAUUAAUAAUAUAUCAUCUAGUUCUAUUAUUUAUAAUACUUUCCAAGAAAAUAAUACAAAUUCGGAGCUUUUAGAAAAUAUUUCACCUGAAAUUGAAUUACCUGAAGGUAGUGUAGUACAUUUGAAUUUACCAUCUAUAGACAAAUUUAAUUUUUCAUUCCCAAUAAUACAACAGGAAAAUGUGGAAAAAUCAAAAAAUCUCAAAUCCGAAUUUAAUGAAACAAUGUUUUUAAAUAAGUUUAAAAAAUGGGCUUUUACUAAUAACGUGACUCACAAAUGUAUUAAUGAAUUAAUUCCAAUAAUCAAAUCGGGUUUUCCCUUUUUAAAAAACGAUGCACGUACGAUCUUGGGAACACCUAGAAGUACUGAAAUUAUUCAUCUCGAAAAUGGAGAGAUUGUUUAUUUUGGUUUAGAAAAAGGGAUAUUAAAAAGAUUAGGCGAUGGUCUCAAAAGUUGUAUUAAAGAGAAAAUUGAUCUUCAAAUCAAUAUUGAUGGCAUACCAAUAUUUAAUAACAGUUCGAUACAGUUUUGGCCAAUAUUAAUUCGCAGUGAAGAUUUUAAAAAUACCUCACCUUUUGCAGUAGCAAUUUUUUGUGGUCGCGAAAAACCAAACCCAAUAGAAAGUUUCUUAAACAAAUUUACUUUACUUUCUGCCCAAUUGUAUGAUAAAUUUUUUGUCGUGUAUAAUGUCCAUUCCUUAUGCCAUUUACAUGAAGAUGUUCAAAAAUUUGGAAAUUUAAAUAAUUUUUCUUGCUUUCCAUUUGAAAAUUAUUUAGGCAAAUUAAAGAACAAAAUUAGGGGUAAACAUCUACCAUUACAGCAAGUUGCGAGAAGACUUCAAGAAAUUGAAAAUUGCGAGAACACCAAUGGUACUUAUGACAAUCAAAAUAUGUAUACACCAAAUGUCGUGCGCACGCCUGGCUUACUUAUGGAUGGGGAAUAUUCACCUUUUCACACAUUUGAUCAGCUGUCGGCUUUUGAACUUUCUUUUCAAUCUAGCAGCGAGUACGGUUCAUCAUUAUUAUCGACAUCACCUGUUUGUGCUGAUCUAGAUUGUAUUUGUGGCCCCGAUACUCCGUGUCCAAAGUUUAUAACUAUCAUACCGGAAAUCAAGCCAAGUUUAUCUAAAGACUCGGAAAAGUUGCGUAUCAAGAACGAAGCUGCAGACGCUCUAAUUCAAGCAGAGCUCGAGUGCCGUUUCAAGUUCGCUGUACCUAUUCAUAAAUGGGGUAUUUUCUUUACGGGUUCUGAUGAACGAGACUCAGUAGUAAGUUUUCUAGAAAAAGUAGAGUGUAUGCGUGCUGCUCGAGGAGUAAGUGAUGUAGAAUUGUUUUCUAGUGCUGCAGAUCUUUUUAAACACAAUGCCUUUACAUGGUAUCUUAACAAUAGAGGGAAGUUUGUCUCUUGGGUCGAAUUAGUGGACAAAUUAAAAGCAGAUUUCUUACCGUAUAACUACCAAGAUGAUCUCUUGGAGGAAAUUAAAAAUCGCAGACAAUAUCCUAAGGAAAAAAUUGCCAUUUUUGUUAAUAAUAUGAUGGGUUUAUUUAAUCGCUUAGAAGUUAAGCCUGAUGAGAAAACAAUCAUUAAGAUCAUUCGGCGAAAUUUACUACCAACUUUUUCACAACCCUUAGCAUUAAUAGAUAUUGAUUCGGUAGAUAGCUUAUGUGAAAAGUGUAAGAGGAUUGAAGAAUCCUUACAGUGGAACCAGGGGUGUAGUUCAAAUAGUGGGGUAAAGUCACGAACAUAUCUCGAACCAGAUUUAAAUGUUCCAGGGGUGUCAAAUCCAAGAAAUUUUAAUAAAAAUUAUAAAAACACUUCAGUAGUGUCAUAUAGUAAUAUUGUGUGCUGGAAUUGCCAUCAAAGUGGUCAUAAAUUUAAUCAAUGUAAAUUACCUAGGAAAAUUUUUUGUUACGGUUGUGGUCAAGUAGGAACAACUAAAUUUAGGUGUAAAUUUUGUUCAAAAAAUGGGUAUGCGAGCGGAGCUACAAAAUACUUCCCUCCUCCAGUUACCGCUCGACAACAAGCAAAUGGGAAAAGUUUAGAAAAGAAGGGCAAGACCAGUUCAAACCCUCAGAGUACCGAAAACCCACAUACCAGUCAGUAA